AGUGUGGAGUCCUGACAUUGAGCAGAGCUUUCAGGAAGCAUUGGCUAUAUAUCCACCCUGUGGGCGACGGAAGAUUAUCCUGUCUGAUGAGGGCAAGAUGUACGGCCGUAAUGAGUUGAUAGCGAGAUAUAUCAAGCUACGGACUGGCAAAACACGGACAAGGAAGCAGGUGUCUAGUCACAUACAGGUGUUAGCCAGGAAGAAAGUGCGAGAAUACCAAGCAAGCAUCAAGGUGUCUAGUCAUAUGCAGGUUCUUGCCCGAAGGAAAGCUCGUGAGAUUCAGUCCAAGCUGAAGGAUCAGGCCUCGAAAGACAAGGCCCUGCAGAAUAUGGCCGCCAUGUCUUCAGCACAGAUCGUUUCAGCGACCGCAAUGCAGAACAAAUUGGGGAUAACGCCCAUCCCUCAAGCUCCCUAUCCAGCAGCGGCCAGGUUUUGGCCUGGUUCCCUUCCUGGACAGCCUGGGUCCUCUCAAGAUGUGAAGCCAUUCGCCCAACCAUCAUACCCCAUUCAGCCAGCAGUACCACCAUCCAUCGCAAGUUAUGAACCGUUGGGCCCUCUCUCACCACCUGCGACUAUCCCAGUGUGGCAGGACCGAACCAUCGCCUCCACUAAACUCAGAUUGCUGGAGUACUCUGCUUUUGUGGAGGUGCAGCGAGACCCAGACACGUAUAACAAGCACCUCUUCGUUCACAUUGGUCAGACAAACCCAUCCUACAGCGACCCAUUACUGGAAGCCGUGGAUAUCCGUCAGAUCUACGACAAAUUCCCAGAGAAAAAGGGCGGGUUGAAGGAGUUGUUUGAGAAAGGACCACAGAACGCCUUCUUCUUAGUAAAGUUCUGGGCGGACCUUAACAGCAACAUCCAGGAUGGGCCAGGAGCUUUCUACGGAGUCAGCAGCCAGUACACCAGCUCUGAGAACAUGACCAUCACCUGCUCCACUAAAGUCUGCUCUUUUGGAAAACAAGUCGUGGAGAAAGUGGAGACAGAAUAUGCCAGGCUGGAGAAUGGAAGGUUUGUGUAUCGGAUCCACCGCUCCCCAAUGUGUGAAUACAUGAUCAACUUCAUCCACAAACUCAAGCAUUUACCAGAGAAGUACAUGAUGAACAGUGUGCUAGAGAACUUCACUAUCCUGCAGGUUGUGACCAACCGGGACACCCAGGAGACCCUGCUGUGUAUAGCGUUUGUAUUUGAGGUGUCGACAAGCGAACAUGGUGCACAACAUCACGUUUACCGGCUGGUGAAGGACUAGGAGCUCACCCCCCACCCCCCCAAAACCUCCCCUACACAGUGGGUGCUACUGCCUGCCAUUAAUCUACACACCUUGGUGCCUGCUCAUUUUUACCAAACGCAAAAAAAAUCUAUUUUUCACAGAAAUACAGAUAUUUUUACAUUCGAACAAAUGUAAAAAAAAAUGCAAAAAAAAAAGAACUGUUGUGAAGUCAAAAGAACAAUAUACUGCACUACUUCUGUGAGGGUCAUGUAUGUGUGUGUGUGUGUUUUAAUUUCCUCUCUCCAGAACUCGAGCUCAGUGAGAGGUAAUGGUACGGUUUUUCUUCCUUUUUUUAAAAAAGAGAAUAAUAUUUACACUUCAGGGAUAGUAAGCAUUGGAUAAGGAUCACUUUCAGAAAGUAAUUGUUAAUGGGGGCUUGUACGUAGGAACGUUGCCUUCUUACCAUAGUUUGUUGGAGGGAGGGGUACAGAGAGUAAAACGCCUCCAUUUUGUUUGCUUCUGAUCACAAAAUGACGGCCGCGCCUUUGUAGUCAUUGCCAUCCGUCAAGGUGCUUGGUGGAAGUUUGAUAUCAUCACCCCUUCAAUUUCUCAAAACAAUUCUUUAUGGGUGAUGGGAGGGCAGGUGACUUGUGUCAAAGUUCCAGGAUAAUGGGAGUUAAUUAGAAGGCUCCCUUCCCAGUUUGCACUUCUCCUUUCUGACAGACCUGAUUACAUAAUAGAAGGUAGACAUAAUGGGUUUAAAAGAUGUGCUGGUUAAAGUGGAGGCUGGCAUUAUAAAGGGCAGGUUUCCACCGGUGCCCCAUUUCCCUUCAGGUUUCAAUUUCACGUGAAACUAGUGACUUGCUUUUCCCCCCCAGGUAUGUUCUCGCCUCCAGUAUUUGUAAGGUUAGAAUGCAAAAGUAGGACAGCUUUUCCCCAUCUGAUACUCCCCUUCUGAGGGCACUGGCUCAGUUCCAUAGACAAUAGCUGCCCCCUUGUAGCUGAAUUACAUGAUCAUUGUUCAUUUGUGCUUCUACAGUGUGAACAUGGGCACAGUUUCAACCAUAGUGGAACUGCAAAUCCAGUUUAGAGAUUAUGAUCAGUUCUCCGCAAAGCAGUUCGACUCUUUAUGAUGGCAGGUCCUGACUUUGGGUAUAUGAAAGCAAACUAAUGAAGUGCAGGAAAGAUGUAUAUAUUACCUGCCUCAGUUUUGGCCAGUAUUCUCAAAGCAAACAGAGAUAAGGCACCUCCAGCUGAGUGAGUUUGUCUGUAGUAGCUAAAAAGAGGCUACUGUUCUGAACUACUGUGACUGGUCCUGCCCUUACCCUGGAGUUCAAAAACUUUUCAUGUCAGAAGAUACACAGUCGAAACACUCUCUUCUGGAUUACUUACUGUGAUGAUUCAACCAGUGAAAGAUAGAAAGGGCCUACAUUUAUAUAGUGUCUUUUAUAGCUUUCGAAUCCCAAUGCACUAAAGUACUUUUGAAGUGCAGUGCCUGUUGUAGUGUAUUGAAUGUGGCAGCCGAUGUGCACACUGCAAAUUUGAUAAAUAGCAAAGUGAUACUGAGCAGAUCAUCUAUUGAGUUGGCAGGUCGGCAGAUCAUGCUGAUUGGGGCUCUGUUGGCAGUGGGUAUGGUGGAUUGGUGUUUGGGCUGAGUUGCAAAAGACUGAAGAGGUGCCUUCUGAAUGCCACUAAAUGGCUGUACUACACCCUAGAGAUUCCAGUUGACUGUAGGGGUUGUUGGAGUGUGAUAAAGGAUCUGUUCUAUCCAAUGUCUUCCCCUUGUAUUGUUGCAGGGGAACAGGUUCGAACAUUGUUGUAUUUGAAAAGAUGGUAAGAGGGGCUUGUAAUGUACUGACCUUUAAGGCUGGAGACUACACUGGAACGUGGGUAGGUAAUGGAGAUGGGGACAAGUGAAAGGAAACAGGAAUUUCAGGAACUAUCUGCCGUGUCUCCCACCUUCAUCUCCAAACAGCCUCAGUUCCUAACAGGGAGGGAGGCAGGAAGAUGAGUAGAGUCUGAGGAGGAGGUUACAGUCCUGACUCAACGGCUUCAUUCUAAUCAAUGGGAUAGUGUGUGGGGAUUGUUGAUUGGUGGAAAGAGGCCAUGUUUGAAUGCAACGGUUAACACUGUGUUGUCUGGUAUGUUUUGGCUGAGGAGAAAGUGUCUUUCCUGCUCCACUUCCUUCCCACGUUUUCAAAUCCCAUUGGAGAAAGUACCUGGGGGAUUAAGUCAGCUUACUCCUGGUAUCUGAAUCAAAAGGACCCAUGAUCGGUGUUCAGGGGUUACACAGCUGAUUGAUUAGACCGUUGCAUCAAGGGUGACUUCUGAAAGUCGGUUUUCGCCAGCUGGGCCCAGUCCUUCCCUCAACUUUCAGCAACUGUCAGUGUCUACUUGAUCUAACUCUUCCUUCGUUGUGCCCCUUCACUAACCAUAACUGCUGCUUUGUGCACCUUUGUGAUUGGGGGUGGAUUGUGGUAGGAGAUUGGAGUAUUGUAUUUCUGCAUGUUCUUAAGAGUUCUUUAGUAUAGAGAUUGGGUUUUAAGAUGCAUGUUGCUGACCACAUCCAGUCCCACCUGUCUGAACCCAGAAUAACAGAGACCGCCAGCCGUCCACUUUUGUCACUUCCCCUCUUCCCCUUUACGACUAAUACAAUAUAAUGCAGUGGCCAUGACUGUAACAGAGUGAAAUAGGAGCUGUGCAAUCAAAGAUGUUGUUGAAGUCAGAGAUAUAGGACAUCUCCAGAGUUAUUCCCAUUUAGUGGUGACAACCUCUACUUCCCCAUUCGUUUCAGAAAUGGAAGUUAGGGUCAUGCUCAAGACUACCCUUUUGUUUUCUUUUGGGAUGAUUUUAGCAGCAACCAUUUUCAGUUGGCACUCCAUUGUACCCCUCCCCCCAACUUUCCCUGCCAUGAGUUCAGCCAAUCAUGAUGGCCUGGCCUUUUGUAUAGAAAGUAGCUGAUACUGAGCAUGUGAGGAUUUUCAGGAGUCACUUUAGGAGCUGACAUGAAGAUAUUAAAGGAAUAUAGAGUUUGCUCCCCUCUCACCUGUAGUAACAUCAAUAAUAAAUGCCGCCAUUUUUGGAUGAGUCACUCUGUCAGUGUCAUUCAGUAGCUUCCCUGAAGAUCCCAUGCAGUUUAGUUGAUGGUUACAUUAUGACUAGUGGGCCCAAGUUUCAGUCACUGCACUGUGCUGUUGUGCCAACCAGCCUCAGCAAAAGGGAUAGUGAGCUUGCCACGAUGCCAUGGUUAGGGAGCUUCUGUUUGAAAUCCCAUCACAGUGUGUUGGUGGGUAAAGGCAGAAUGAGAAUAGAACCACAGUUGCCUGUGAUAGUUUAUCAUCAUUCAGUGGCUCAGGUCACAUGUGAGGAAAAUGGGCACGGGGUCAUGUGAGUUUGCGCGCUGUAUUCCAGGGGGAAAAAAAAAAUCAGUACCUUCAGAAACAGGGGAAAAAAAUUGGAGACAAGGGGAAGUAAAGUCAACCGUAUUUUUAAGUCACUUUACCCACCCAGGCACUACUCAGAACAAAUCCAAGAAACGGUAGCUCUCCCCUGCCCGAGGUUCGGCCCAUACAAGCAUCCAUCUAUUCUUCUCAGACUUGGCAAAGCCUCCCCCAACCCCCGAACACAAGCAACGUCCGUGAAUGACUACCUCUGGAAACAUGAGCAUGAACAAAGCAUCCCAGACAGCAGAAGGGACGGAAGCAGUUGAGAGUCUGUGUACUGGCAGAGAAUUGGCUUGCUUUGUAAUUUAAUUUCUUUCACACCGGAAUUAACAUUUUCUUAUUUUUAAGGAUGUAACAAAUAGUGGGAGUGGAGGAAUUUUAGAAAAGUAGUGGGUUCUUUUCUAUAUAUAUAUAUUCUAUAUGUAUAUUAUAUAUAUGACAUAUAAAAGGCACUCAGAGACGAUAUUCAGGGCAUUGUUGCAUUUGAGUAUCGAAACCUAAUUUGUUAGUGAUAUCACCUAGCACUUAACUCUGCUGUAAAUAUCAUGUACACAAUAUUUCUUAUUGUGGUUGUGCUACCACAUUCACAUUUACUCCAGUUAUUAAAGCCUUUUUGUUAGCCUGGACAGUCAGUAUGCUGUUCCUUCCUGUAAUAUACUCCAGUUUUUGUUUCGCGUUUUUGUAAGGAAAUAGGUACAUUUAUAUCUCAAAGUACUUCAGAUCCAUGUCUCGGGAAGAGGGGCUCAAGCCCAACAUGCAAAGCCUGGGUGAAAGUCUUUCUGAAUUGGCAGCUGUAAAGAAUCUAGAGUUGGUUAGCCUUUUUUUUUGGGAGACCUCUCUGGUUUCUGCUGAGCACUAAGUUUCUGCUUGUUUGCCUGGCCGUAUUACUCAGGACAGUCAGAGGAUGUCCAGGCAAUUGGAAACUCCCAUCACAGAGAGAGUGGGGAGCCUGGUCAAAGUCCAAUCCUUUGGAGAACACUCUCAGCCUCUUCAGUUUAGGAACUACAGGCCCCAGUCGAAAGUGCAAGGUUGAUAUUGCACCCAGAAUCUGACUGAGUACAUGAUUCAGUAGCAACACAGUAGAAUCCAUCCAAGAGCUCGGAUUCAUCGAUUCCCAUGCUGCCCGUUCCUCUGGAAACUUGGCAUCUCUGUUUAAUGUCCACCGUGCUCAAGGUUAACUGUUCAAUACCGUGAAAUCAAGAAACAGGGAAUAGCUCCCUCCUCAAAAUGUGUUGCUCAAUCCCUACUCCUUUUGAAAACAACCCUAUAAAAUAUUUAAUAUGAAAAGGAUGGAUGGAGGUAAGGACUCAUCUGGCCACUGUAUGUAGUGACAUUGAGAGAUUGGCAAUUUCACUGGAAAUACAAUGGCAUUUGAAAUGUCAUUGCACAUAAUGGCCUGAAACAUUUCUACCAUGGGGUCUCUCUCUCUCUCUCUGGCUUCAGGUGAUUGGAAAUUAUUCAACCCUUGGUUUUCUGCAAGUGCUGUGCUUCUCUUUAAUAUUUAAAAUCAGGACAACAGGAUAUGUCAAUAGGAUUUUUUUUGUAGAUAUAUAUUUUGAAGAAUCUUUGUAAUACUACCUGUGAAGGCUGACAAAAAGGACACUCUGUUUUGGAAAAAAAAAAUGUCCUUCUUGAUCAUUGUAUUGUAUAGGAACAUUACCUCCUUGGCCAAUAGCAAUGGACUGUUUGUUUUCAUGAUUAUUUCCUCUCAUGAUAUUAGGGUGCACAGGCAAAACGUGACUAUCUUUAACUCCCAGUAUCGUGCUCCACAUUCUAGCACGGGGCUUGAGUUCACAAAGGCAUGAGUCCAUACCAAGUCUGGACAAGCAGAGUGGGGUCACCGUGUCAUGGGAUGUGGGGGAUGUAGUUUGUCAUUGUAAGCUUUCUCAGUGGGUCGCACUUGUCUGUGAAUUGCUUUCUCCAGAAAUUAUUCGUUGCAAAAUUUGUGGAACCAGUUUUACAAAUUCGCUGCAGAAUAACAGCACACAAAAUUGCAGCAAUUCUGUUUUCAUGCACUUGUUGAAUUUGCAUGCAUUUAAGUUUGUUAAUUCCUCCUGAGAAAAACCAGAAUUUUUGUAUGUUUUGCAACACUAGCAAGAAAACGAGCGGACCGGAUCAAUCCUCAUCACUUUCAACUUCUUAGAAUUCCUCGCUAUUCCUUGUCAAGUUCUAAAUAUAAUGGAAGACAUUGUCUUUGCUCUCCUCCUCACAUCCUCAUCGGGAUGGGGCCUGGACUCAUCAAACUGGAUCUGAACUGAGCCCCAUGCAAUCCUGGGCAUCUUGCCGAGAACCCCAAAGCCAUCUCUUUCUCCUAUUUGCACCUAGAGCUUUAAUUAGCUGGAAAUCUGUGGGCAGAGGUUGGGAAAAUGUAGCCUUUCAACAAGUGUGAAUUAAACUGCCAAGCAGUGUUAGGAUCAACAGCUUGAGCUAUGUGUGGGGGCAUAGCCGUAACCGUUAAGUAUGAUUCCUAAUAACAUCCAUCUGACCCAUAAAGGACAAAAAAACUUAGAUCACUCCAAUCAGUGCCUUUUCUUUACUAAACAUUUAAAAAUGGAGUUCUUCUGUCCUCAGUAUUCCUUCCUUUCACCUCCU